UGAUAGUAACAGCAUGUGGGUAUGGAGUAUUUUAUUAAACAUCAUUCACCAUCUAGGCCCUUCUUGUGUCAGUGAAUGGACUAAAUAUCUUCUGGCAGUGCAAAAUAAAACAUACGCACCUCAGCACUGCUGCUGGUAAAAAUCCUAGGGCAAACACUGUAAUGCCAUGAAAGGGAUACUUUUUUUUCCUGCAGCUCCUGUCCGAAAGGUCAACAUUCAGCAGGUAGAAAACAGGAUCACCUGCAGCUCAGAGGGGAUCUACCCUGAGCCUCAGCUCACCUGGUCCACCAACCCUCCAUCCAACAUGACCCUCCAGAACAAAACCACAGUCCAUCAGACUGAACAUCAGCUCUACAACAUCAACAGUUAUCUGAUAGUUUCAGUUACUGAUCUGGUCUACAGCUGCACCGUCAGCACUCGCAGAAACAGGAGGAGAGCCACUUUGUUUAACUCAACUUCAAUCAGUGGUUUGGGCACUGAAACAACAAUACUCUGCACUUCUUCAAAUACUUCCCGAACAGGCCUCAUCUGGAGGUUCAACUACAGUCAGAUCAUCCUGAACCAGACCAGGGCCAAUGUCCCCUACACAGUGUCAGAGGAGUGGAGGCAGCAGGUGAAGAGUGUGUCUGAAUCAGGAAGUCUCACACUACAGCACUUAUCUUCAAAUCAGGAGGGGAUAUACACCUGUGAGCUCAGUGAUGAUGAGGAGACAUAUGUGACAAACACUCUAUUGAAAAUUGGAGAAGAUAAGCAGACACAUAUAGGAAUUGCAGUUGGAGUGAUUGGAGCCAUUUUGGUAGUAGUUAUAGGCCUGGCAGUACUCCUGUAUCGACAGAAAAAAUGCAACUAAUUCAACAGUGAAACAGCCAAAACUGAGAGACAAAAAGCACUGAAAACACUGACAGGAGAGGUACAACAGGAGAUGCAGGGUGAUUAUAUGGAUGGAGCCACAUCUUGUCUGAAGGAUGGACCACAAACACAUCUCACUGCAUGGAAAAAGACUUAAGUUAAGUUGAAGUGUGACUGUAUUA